AUGCGCUGCUCCACCCUGCUCGGCAUCCUCACCGGGGUGCUUCUCUACCUGGUGCUGGGAGCUGUGGUGUUUCGAGCCUUGGAGACACCACGAGAGGAGGACAAGUACAAUCAUCUGCAGGACAUACGGCGGAACUACUUGGGGAACUAUACCUGCAUGGGCCCAGAUGAACUACAGACCCUUAUAGAGGAAGUAGUGGAGGCCGUCGGUGCAGGUGUAGAUCCCAGCAGCAACAUCACCUUCGUCAGCCAGUGGGAUCUGGCCAGUGCCUUUUUUUUCUCAGGGACUGUCAUCACAACCAUCGGUUUUGGAAACAUCUCCCCUAAGACAGAAGGAGGGCAGCUGUUCUGCAUCUUCUACGCCCUGGUGGGAAUCCCACUGUUUGGUAUCCUGCUUGCUGGAGUCGGAGACCAUCUGGGUACUGGGCUGAGGAAAACUGUUGCCAAAAUAGAGACUCUCUUCCGGAAAUGGAAAGUCAGUCCAACCAUUGUGCGUGUCAUCUCAGCCGUCCUGUCCAUCCUGCUGGGUUGCGUCCUCUUUGUUGCAGUGCCUAUCCUGGUUUUCCAAGAGGUGGAGAAGUGGACUCUCCUGGAGUCGGCCUACUUUGUAGUUAUCACCCUUACAACAGUGGGUUUUGGAGACUAUGUUGCAGGGGAUUCUGGAAAUGCAGGGAGUGACCACUGGUACAAGCCUCUGGUGUGGUUCUGGAUCUUGCUGGGUCUUGCCUACUUUGCAUCUAUCCUGACAAUGAUUGGUAACUGGCUUCGGGUUCUGUCUAAGAAGACCAGAGCUGAGAUGGAGGAGCUUCGAGCCCACGCCACUGACUGGACUCAAAACAUCCAGAAUAUGUCGGUAGACUUUCGCAUUGCAGGAAAAAUUGAUGACCCCUUCAAGCGUCGUCGGCGAAAGCGUCGCCACGGCCCUCGCAGCCAUGGUCACAGUGUGUCUGCUAAUGGGAGGGCCGCUGAGGGGAAAGAGGAGCAGCAGGGUGAGGGUCAUUCAGAGUCUGGAUCAUACACCUCUUCCUCCUCCUCUAAUGAAUCAGGGUCUGGAUCAGAAUCAGAUUCUCAGGCCACUCAGACGGAACAAGUGCCUGAAGAAAAACCUGCAGAGCCUGAGAAGGCGGAGACUCCAGAUCUACCAGAUCCUCACCUGUCUCAACCUCUGGACUACUUUGGGGAGAACCUUGCCUUUAUUGAUGAGUCCUCAGACGCCCAGAGUGGGAAGCUACAUUUGGAUCCUCUGCUGGAUACAUCACAGUCCAACUGUGCACGCUCUCGUCCGCCCAGAAGGAGACGCCAAAGAAGACCUGUCCCACAGAGAAGCCCUAAAAUCAACGGCUCCAACCGGGACAAGAAGGAGCCCAAUGUAAACCCAAAACAAGUUCCAGGUCUACCAGUGAAGCCUUAAAAUCCAAGCUGAUUACAGAAACUCCACUGCUAGCACAAGUAUCCACUUGAGAGAUAUAAGAUGUGUUCAUAAUCUGACAGAGGAGUUUUCAGCGUAGCAAUUUAUUUGUGUAUAUGUAGCCUAGAGCUUCCUUACAGACACUUAAGAUGAAAACAUGUUGCAGAAGCCUUAGCCACUUGUGGUUUGCAUCUAAUGCUCUUAGCAUGCGAGUGUGUAUGACUCAAUCAGAAAUGAUGAAGUGAUUUUUAUGCCAAUGUUCCCAUUAC